UAUAUCCUUCUCUACAAACCCAUUCAAACUCCGUAGUGACACCUACUACAUUUCCGAUCAAACAAAGAUGCUUAAUACUAAAACCGAGCUACCCCAGAGUGUUCUUCAAAUCAAGCAAGAUGACAAGUUCUUCCGUAGGCUACUUUCAAAGGAAAGUUCCAUGUCUAACCCAUCAUUCAGAGUGGCCCUUGCUAUUCCAUUUGUGUGGGAAUCUCAACCUGGCACACCCAAAUACUCAUUCUCUGAGGACACUCUCCCUCCUCUAACUCCUCCACCUUCUUAUCAUUUGAAUAUCAAUGCAUACAAAAAGCCUGAGAAGAAGCGCUCAAAGUCCAAUCUUUUGCUGACACUGAUACCAAAACUUAACCUCAAGAAAAUGAUUAUGUCAUCCUCAUCAUACCCUUCAUGGUCUUCACCAUCAGGUUCCUCCAAAGUUGUCCCUAUGGCCAAGUUUGGCAAGAAGAAAUUCUUAAGCUAUGGAUCAUCUACUGAUAUAAGGGGUGGUGACAAUGAAGAAAAUGUUGCAGCCUCACCCUCUUCCAAAUUGUGCUUCAGCACUACUCGUGCCAACAGUUCUAAAAUUUCACAGGAAAGGAAUAUGAGUCACACUUGCUACCGAACAACAUGGAAAUUCCUUGAGCUAGAUUCUGCUAAUUUGUCGGCAGAUAAGCUGCCAGGGACUUCAUCUUGUCCCAAGUUCCGUGUGCAAACGGACCAUAUACUGAGUACAUGA